AUGACUUUUGAAGACGCAGCAAGUUACUUCAGCAGUCGCCUGAAUGAGGGUGAAAUUAGUAAGUCGACUGGUUUAGCAGCCAUCGAAACACUUAUGCGAUGCAUAGAAAAUUCAGAAGCGACCACAGUAAACGAGCUGAUGGAUGAAUUGAAGAAAGUGAUUGCAGCUAUGUCAUCGACAGAUUAUAGCUCUACAUCUGUUCGUAGCGCUAGUGAAUUAUUUUUGAGGUUUAUAUCGCUGGCUACGGCGGAACAGAAUGUGCAGAAGUUUAGCGACUUGAUAGAUAUGUAUAAAGACAGAGGGAUAUUUUUUAUAAAUCGUAUAGCGAAGAGCAGGGCUUUGAUUGCAAGUUACGCAAGGCCUUUCAUCGAGAAUAAUAUGAACAUUUUAACGCAUUCAUAUAGCAACGUGGUUUUAACAGCUUUGUUUAAUGCCAAACGAGAAGGCGCGAAUAUACACGUUUAUGUGACGGAGUCUCAGCCAGACGCUUCAGGCAAAAAGAUGCUGAAGCGCUUGAAGAAGGAGGGCAUUCGAUGUACGCUUAUUCUGGAUGCUGCAGUUGGGUACAUAAUGGAAUCCAUUGACAUGGUAUUAAUUGGUGCAGAAGGUGUGAUGGAGACUGGCGGAGUAAUCAACAAGAUUGGAACGUUAAGUAUAGCAACAUGUGCAAGUGCGAUGAAUAAGAAAGUGUAUGUUAUGGCAGAAAGUAUCAAAUUUGUGAAGGAAUAUCCACUGAACCAAGGAGAUAUCCCAGCAGAGUUUAAGGUAUUUACUUCAGAUGACAGCGAUUUUACUGAGGAGCAUCCACGAGUUGAUUAUACCCCCCCGCAGUACAUUAACUUAUUGUUUACCGACCUCGGCAUUCUGACGCCAGCCGCUGUGGGAGAUGAGUUGAUUAAACUGUACACAUGA